CCAAAGUCAUCUCCUUUCUCUCUCUUAAACUCCGUCUGAUAAAACUAACGCCAUUUCCUCUUCCUCCCCGGGAAAAUUUUCUCCCCCUUAUACCCAAACAACCCCUACUUUCUCUCUCUAUUACUGCAGUUUCCGGCGUUGGCGUCUCUCUUCAUUUUCUGUUAACCCUAAUUUCAAAGCGGUUCACGUUGUUUGCAUUAUGGACCUUUAUGGUUGUGUUUUUUGGAUGGUGGCAUGAUAGAUUAACACUGUGGGUCUGCUGGGCAUGGUGGGGUUCGUCAGCACUGCAGGGAGACGCGGGAUGCUUUUGUGGUAGAUCUAUUUUUUGUCAUUUGUGAUACUGAUUGUCUCUUUUAGUUGUAUAUGAGUGGGACAUGGGUUCUGCCUGUUGUGUAGCUGCUAGAAAUCCGACUCUUCCGAACAGAAGCAGAAACGGAGAAUCUCAUAGGCAAGCCAGAUAUUCUCCAUCUUGGAGUUUUCGAUGGGACAAUUACCGGCGUGUGGCAGGUGAAAUUGAGAAUCCUUCAUGUCAGUCUGGGGAAAGAACAAACAUAGAUGUUAGAUUAGAGUUGAAAGACGGUAUAGGGUCAGAGAGGGGAAUAAUUUCGGAUGGUGGUAGCCCUUUGCAUAAUCUUGGUACACCCAUCUCACAAAAGUCGCCUUCUUAUGAAGGCGUCAGCACAAACUACAUGUCUCCUUCAGAAACAUCUAUGACAAGCAACCACUUCUCCAAGAUGAGCACUAUAGAAGUGCCUGAAAUUGCUGCUGCUCCAGUGGCCCUUCAAUAUUCGAUGCCUUCAUGCUCAUCCUUCUCAACACCAGGUGAACACUUGAUUACACAUCGUCAGCUACUUCCUGCCAGUUCAACCCCAUCAAGACAGGCUCGGCGUUCACCUGGACACCAGCUCUUCAGGCAGAUUUCAGAUAGUAGGAUUCUGGGCUUGAAAUCCCCAAAUAGCAAUCCAGUCUCAGAAGGAAGACCAUCAUUUGUGCUCUCGACUUUUAGUAAUGAUCUAGCUGGUGGUUCUUCUGAUGGAUGGUCAUUGCGCACUUUUUCUGAACUUGUUGCUUCUUCUCAAAGAGAAAGAUGGUCUUUCGACAGUGAGCGGUUUGGUUCUGGCCGUCACAAGAUUAGUGGGUCAAGCAGCAGGUUCUCUUAUUCCCCUUCUCUUGAUCUUCAAACAUGUGGGGCAUGCUUAAAGGUCUUACCAGAGUUCUCAGUUGUUGCUGUUCUAGCAUGUGGUCAUGUUUACCAUGCUGAGUGCUUGGAAACCAUGACUACAGAAGCUGAAAAAUACGACCCUAUUUGCCCAAUUUGCACUGUCGGGCAGAAGCAAGCGUGUAAAAUGUCUAGAAAAGCUUCAAGGGCAGAGGCAGAUUUGAGAAUGAAAUUUCAGAAAAUAUCAAGAAAUCGUGUUAUAGAUAGCUAUGUUGAUGGUGAAGUUGAUAACUCUGAACGUCAAAAAAUUACAGGGAAAGGGAAGUUUCCCAAGAUGGAGGCAAGCAGUAGCUCAAAGAUUGCAUUUGCAAAGCCUUUCUUGAAGCGGCAUUUUUCUCUUGGAUCAAAGCUCAGUAAAUCCAGUUCAGAGCACCUGUCCUGUAAAAAGAAGGGAUUUUGGGCAAGAUAUCGCAAAGAUUAACUCUUAUGAUUAUUUGAUCAGAAAAGCAGAUUUGUCUAUCCAGUUAGUUAAUCUGGUUUUGCUAAGGUCUGUUGUUGGUUUUAUUGCAGUCAUUCUGGGAGUACUAUUUGAUUAACUUAAUUAGUGUUUUGGAAAACAUACAGUUAUGCGUCUUAGCCAUCACGGUGUACCAUAGUAGAAUGGCGGACAUUUAAAGAAGCUGAACUGUUGCUUGCAUCACAGAAAGGGUUUCGGACAUCAAACUGAUGGAAAAGGUGAUAAGAUUCAGGAGGUCAAUUUUAGGCUGGAAUCCAUUAACAAGAAUGUGAACUUCCUACUACUUUACUUUUGUAAGAUCUAAUUAUUGGAUCUGGAGAUCCUGUGUUAACUUUUGGGGAGAUCGAAUGCUCCAACAGGUCAGCAAUUAUACACCGCAUGUUUUUGUGGCGGUUUCCUUCGCUAUUAGAGUGAGGCUGAUCAUUGUUAUUGUGGCCCUUCACGUUAAUUUGGCUGAUUUUUGUAGCAUGAAUGUUAUGCUACUUGACAAUAGUUAUAUGGUGUAAUCAGUUAGCUUACUCCCACCACCAUUUAUCAACUGGUGUUUGGUACGUGUGCGAGCAUGAUACAUUGUUCUAUGUGCAAUGUUUUUUUUUAGAAAAUUUGUUUUAUAGAGCGAACAUGAUAUAUUGUGCUAUGUGCUUUUCUUAUAGUGAUGGCAGUUUCUGACACGA